AUGGGCCACGAUUCGAGAUCAACUACUCUGGAGCGCCACUACCUUGAGUUCGCAUGUUUGAGGAACCUGGUGGGAAUUGGCCUUGGAGAAGGCAACGAAGGCCAAAAGACUGAACUCACUGCCGAAGCCCGUUAUCAGUCUAUGAAUCGGCUGUCACAGCGACAACAGGACAGAGCCACAAAACCGGCACUAAUAAAUUCGCCGACACCGGCUUCCCGGUUCGAAGGCUCGCUGAGUAUCAGGGUGCUGGAAAACCGGCUGAGGAUCCAUCUGUGUGGUUCAAUAAACGCCCUCGCCGCAUACAAGACAAGCGUGAAACAGUUCGCAUACGACAGACUAAGGAUCAUCGUUCAGGAGUCCAAGGAGAAUAAGAAGAAGGAAGCGGCGAUGCAGAAGCUUAAUGAGACAAUGAACAAGUUCUCCUCUCCCCGAAAGGGUCACAAGAGGGCCAAGAAAUGA